AUGACGAAAGACGAUCGGCCUCUCUCGGCAUCGAUGGGAGACGAGGCUCAGGAGAUCUGGGGCGAGUUGCCGAGGCUGCCUCAGAGCCCAUGCAGAGGACCCACCUUCCGCGACGACCGCUGUCAGCGCCUGGUGGGUGAUCUCCAGCUGCCAGAAGUCGAUGAGGGUGAUGUCAGGUAUCCUCGUGGUGAUGAUUUGUCAGGCUCGGUGCUGGGGCUGGACUUGAAUGCUGGAAUCGCGAGAUAUUUGGCGUCUCCUGAAGCAAGCGGCCCCAGUGCGAAAGAUCGGCGUUCACAACGUGAGACCCGUCCUGAAGUUGAUGUCCGUGGGCAAAGCAGCUGUUCAAUGCCAGCAGCUGCUGGCUAG